AUGGAAACAUUUCGUGCCCGGCUGGAUCUCUCGGUGGUGGUGGGUGAGCACGACCUGACCCGGGCCGAGCACUCCCAGGAGAGGCACCGGGUGGCCAAAGUGAUCCGCCACGGCCAAUAUCGCUACCCCAGCUUCCAGAAAGACAUCGCGCUGCUCCGGCUGAGUGACAAGAUCACCUGGGACCAGUACAAGCAGCCGGUGUGCCUGCCCAGCGUCGGCUCGCCUCCCGUGCAGGGCGACCCAGCCACCGUGGCCGGCUGGGGAUGGCUCGAAGACUGGUUCAGCGAGGCCGAAAAAGGCGUGACCGUCAGACGCGGCCAGCUGUGCGCCGGCUACAAGAGCGGCGGCAAGGACGGCUGUCAGGGCGACAGCGGCGGUCCCCUCGUGUCCCGGCGGAACGGUCACUACACACUGAUCGGCGUCGUAUCGGCCGGCAUCGGCUGCGCUCGCCCCAACCUGCCCGGCAUCUACACCGACGUGCACGAGUACCUCGACUGGAUCGUCGAGAACGCCAGCGGCAGCUAA